GAAUGGAGACUGGGCGCCGUUGAGUCUAGAGCCUGCCAGUCGGAACAAACCCGUCGGUUGGCCUUGCCGGCUGCUGCUUCCUCCGUGUCAACUGCCAGCGCUGCAGAUAGCCCUGUCCACGAUUGAUUGUUGGCCCUGAGAGCACGGGCAGGUGCAGUGCACGUCCGUCAUGGACCCGUCUCAGCAGGCGCAACCCGAUGCUGGGGACGCUGAAGGCCCAGCCAAAGCCCGCGGCGGUGGGCCGGCGGCCAGCCCAGCGCCCUCAGCGUCACCGACUGAAUUUUCGAGCAUUACUCGCACCCCCUCGGCCUCCAAGCCACCGCCAUCACCGGUUACGGCUACUAAUAGUAUUGCUGCCAGUGCUACUGCUGCCAGCGCCGUUGCUGUGCUGCAUCCGUCCUCCCACAGCCGCUCCCCGUCCAGCUCGUCCGCUGGCUUUGCCGCCACACACCGGGACAGCAGACACGUCGAGCUUGCGUCCGCAGACGCCCGCGCCGAACGAGCGAGCCUGUCUUUGCCCCCUCCCGUCCCGCGUUUCAGGAGCCCUCUCUCCCACAGCAGAAGCACCUCUGACGACACGAGCGAGUCGUCAGCACGUGCUAUUGCCAGUCUGCCAACAAGGCGUGCCUCUGGCGACUCGGAUACGCCACGCCUGCUUCCUGGACUGCCCCCUGAUGCCCACCCGGCCGCGGCAUACCAGCACCUCCCGCGCCCAGCCAUGCCCUCUUCGCGCUCGUCCUUUUCCGAGGAGGCCAAGCGCAUGAGCGUGUCCUCCAUGCACUCGCUCGCCUCGGCCCUUGCAGUCCCCAGCUCGGCUGUGUCUACAGCCGGCUCCGAGAGCAGCCUCUCGCCCAACCCGCCGGGCACCCACCGCAGUGCUUCCGGCACCAUGCCGCCUCCUGCUGCCAAAGGCCAGCAGCCGUCGGGCCAUACCCAGUCUGGUUCGGUUCCGCGCUCCGAUCCCUCUGGCAAUGCUAGCGCUCCUAGCCCCGGAGGCUCGACGGCCCCGGCUCCCCACCGGGCGUUGCAGCCAAACCGGGACCGCAGUCGGGCUAAGAGACGCUUCAGCGGUAGCACUGCCCACAGCAGCCACAGCCCCAGCAGUGACCGCCCCGCACACAAGCGAGAGAAGGAGGAGCACCGGCCUGCCCCGCUUGGUAUCAUCGGCGUGUGCGCCCUGGACGUCAAGGCCCGGAGCAAGCCCAGCAGAAACAUCCUCAACCGUCUUAUUGCAAACAACGAGUUUGACGUCACCGUUUUUGGAGACAAGGUCAUCCUUGACGAAGAGGUCGAGAAUUGGCCAGUGUGCGAUUACUUGAUAUGCUUCUACUCGGAUGGCUUUCCGCUAGACAAGGCUAUCGCGUACGUCAAGGCCAGGAAGCCGUUCUGUGUCAACGACGUACCCAUGCAGAAGCUUCUAUGGGACCGCCGGAUUUGUCUACACCUGCUUAACAAAAUCGGUGUGCGUACGCCGCGGCGCAUCGAGGUCAGCCGUGACGGUGGUCCCACUCUUCUGACCCCCGAUAUGGUGAAGCACAUCAAGGAUGUUAGUGGGUUGACGUUGGAUCUGCCCGAGAUCCUUGGUUUGCCGCGCCCCAGCGUUGUUGAACUUCUAGACGAUGGGGACACCAUCAGCGUCGACGGAGUCCUGCUCAAGAAGCCGUUUGUCGAGAAGCCGACGAGUGGAGAAGACCAUAAUAUCAUCAUCUACUUCCCCAACUCAGCUGGGGGCGGCGCUCGGAAGCUUUUCCGAAAGAUCGGAAACAAGAGCUCCGAGUACAUCGAGGAUCUCAACGUCCCACGCGCCAUCACAAAUCCGGAUGAGAGUUACAUCUACGAAAAAUUUAUGAAGGUGGAUAACGCCGAGGACGUGAAGGCGUACACUGUCGGCCCCAACUACUGCCACGCCGAGACUCGCAAGUCCCCCGUGGUCGACGGCAUAGUGCGGCGGAAUACGCACGGAAAGGAGAUCCGAUACAUCACGGCGCUGAGCUCCUCGGAGAAAGAGACGGCCAGCAAGAUCUCGCAGACAUUCGGGCAGCGCGUCUGCGGCUUUGACUUUCUCAGAGCUGGUGGCAAGAGCUACGUCAUCGACGUGAACGGCUGGAGUUUCGUCAAGGAUAACGACGACUACUAUGAGCGCUGUGCAACCAUCCUGAAGGAGAUGUUCAUCAAGGAGAGGGUUCGCAAAGGUGGCAUGACCCCUCCCCUCCCAUCGCCAUCAGGACAGGAGGCGGAUCCCAUAGCUCAAAAGGCUGCGGCCGCCGCGGCGGUUGCGGCUGCUGCGGCGGCGGCUGCCGCGUCCCAGAGAGACCAAGCACCGUCGAUAGCGAGCCAGGCGGGUUCUACUGGGCCUGGCUUGAGCGAGAGACACUCUCAGGAUAUCCGCGUCAGCCUCGACUCUCCCCAUCCAGGAGCCCUAGCCCGGUCCGACACCGCAUUGAGCUCGAAGCAGGGUGAAAGUGUGGCGGCCUCGCCUUCAGUAUUGGACGUCCUGGAUACGGUGCAAAGCGUUCCAGCAACGGCGCCGGCAACAGUCAGCACUACCCCGAGCAUCCCUGACACAGGCCCGGACGAGGUCAAAGAGGAGACGGCUCCCCCGCCCCCGCCUCCCAAGCACUCUUGGAAGCUGAAGGGCAUGGUCUCCGUCAUUCGACAUGCAGACCGAACCCCAAAACAAAAGUACAAGUUCACAUUCCACACGGAGCCUUUCAUCGAGCUCCUCAAGGGCCAUCAGGAGGAGGUUCUACUGAUCGGGGAGGCAGCGCUGUCCAGCGUCGCGAAUGCUGUGGACCAAGCCAUGGAGGCCGGUAUCGAAGAUCGGAACAAGCUCAGGAUGCUGCGUAACGUUCUGAUCAAAAAGGGCCCAUGGCCCGGCACCAAGGUCCAGAUCAAGCCCAUGUUCCGCAAACAAAAGUCGGGAGAAGCGCCACCAGAAAAAGUGGCCGUGGAGCCGCCGGUGCCCGAGUUGAAGUCCACCGAAACGGCCGAUGACGACGAAGACGGUAGCGACAAGCCCAGAGCGCCCAAGCGCAACGACUCGCUCUCGGAUGUUACAAUGUCCAAGUUUACUGCGGCCGAGAACAGUCUCGUGUUGGACAAGAUGCAGCUGAUUGUGAAAUGGGGAGGCGAGCCGACGCAUUCGGCGAGAUACCAGGCUCAAGAGCUCGGGGAGAUCACCCGCAACGAUCUGCUGCUCCUCAACCGGGACAUCCUUGACGAGGUCCACGUCUACAGCAGCUCCGAGCGACGUGUCACAACUAGCGCCCAGAUCUGGGCAGCAUCCUUCCUAAACCAGAAGGAUUUGCCAGAAGACUUUAUUACCGUUCGCAAAGAUCUCUUGGACGACUCCAACGCGGCCAAGGACGAGAUGGACAAGGUCAAGAAAAAGCUCAAGGGCCUGCUGCGCAAGGGCAACGAGCGUCCCCCGCAGUUCGCCUGGCCCGAGAACAUGCCGGAGCCGUCCGAGGUGCAGACGCGGGUUGUGCAGCUCAUGAACUUCCACCGCAGGGUGAUGGAGCACAACUACGCCAAGCUCAAGGGCAACGGCACCACCAGCGCGGGAUUAAGCUCCUCACGGAACAGCGAGGGCGGCGGAUCGACAUCGUCGAUGGCGUCGUCUCUCGCACAGGCAAACGCCAUCAACAGCAUCCAGUCCCGCUGGUGCUCGGGUGAAGACCCAGAUCUAUUCCGGGAACGCUGGGAGAAACUCUUCAGCGAAUUCUGCGACGGCGACAAGGUGGACCCCAGCAAAAUCUCGGAGCUGUACGAUACGAUGAAGUUCGAUGCGCUCCACAACCGGCAGUUCCUCGAGUGGGUUUUCACGCCAACCAAGCAGAUGCUAGAGGAAGAGUACGGCACCAUGGCCGGGGGCAAAGAGUCCAAGUCGCAGCAGAAAGAGCCCGAGGAUGGCAGCCGGAAGACGUCGGAGGACUCCAAACACGGACGGGGCCAGCCCGUGCCGGACGACAGGAGCGAGAAGUCAGAGUCGUCAAAGUCUGUCAGGCGCAUCUUCCGGCGGCGAUCGUGGAUGAAUGGGCUCCGGCAUCACGGCGACGGCGCCGCCCCGCCCGAGCAGUACUUUCACCUGUACAAGGGCAACAGCCAGACCAAGGCCAAGACCGAGGCCUUCUUCGAGCCCCUGCGCGAGCUGUAUCAGCUGGCCAAGGUCCUGUUCGACUUUAUAUGUCCGCAGGAGUACGGCAUCUCGGACAGCGAGAAGCUCGAGAUCGGGCUGCUGACGUCGCUGCCCCUCAUCAAGGAGAUUGUGCAGGAUCUGGAGGAGAUGCAGGCGUCGGACGAGGCCAAAGGCUUCUUCUACUUCACCAAGGAGUCGCACAUCUACACGCUGCUCAACUGCAUCCUCGAGGGCGGCAUCGAGACCAAGAUCAAGCGAAGCAGCAUCCCCGAGCUCGACUACCUCUCGCAGAUCUGCUUCGAGCUGUACGAGAGCGAGAUCAAGCCGUCGACCCCGGACGCGGCCUCGGGCAACGGUGGGGAUCUGCCGUCCUUCCAGUACAGCAUCCGCAUCACCAUCAGCCCGGGGUGCCACGUCUACGACCCGCUCGAUGUGCAGCUCGACAGCCGCCACUGCAUCAGCUGGGCGCCGCGUCGGAGUCUGACGGCACACGGAGACUGGAAAAAGGUUAUCGAAACUUUGCGGGCCAGGUUUCACCAGGUUAAACUCCCCAAAUCUUUCGUUGCCGUCAACCUGUCGGACGCAUUUUCGUUCCAAGAAAAGCAGGGAAGCGAGGCGGGUGGCGAUGAAAAUCGCAUGGGCGAGUCGGACGUGCUUGAGAUGAAAUCGACCAAGCACUUGGCGCCUGAUGCGGCAGCGACAAAGUAGCAGCGCAGCGCGCGUCAUGCAUGCAUACCUAUCAAGCGAAGAUCAAGUCAGAGGUUGAGAGGCACCCACCCACUAGGUCUCUGCGGGCUGGAUGGCCAAUCAUCAUGGAUAUGGAAUAGGUGGAUAGCGAGCCGAGCGCUACCUAGCAUCAGGCAUAUCGAGAGGUACCAUUUCUAUGUUUUCCGUUUUCCCUUUUUAGACAAUAAAUGCACAAGUAGCGUGGACGAGUCAGCCUAGAGGAAACUAUUGUUCCAGGGUCAUUGCAUAGAUUAAAAGUGGGCAUCACAUAUCCCGAGCCGCUUGCACUUUGUCGCCAUCUCGGGGCUAGGCAUCAUCGAGGGGGGGUUUGUGUGGUGGUGGCGAC